UUCCCCUCAGUCUCAGAGAUACCCCUUUGCCGUUUGCUUUCUCUCUUUCUUACUUCUCCACGUCUUUUUUUUCGUAUACACGACACUAGUCAUUGCACCAUGGCCGCCACGCCCGACGAACACCCCUCCACUACCUCGACGUUCCCCACCCGCCAAAAACCCCUCCCCUACUCCUUCAACAACGGCCAACGCACCCCGCUCUCCUCCAUCCUACCUCCGCUCGUCUUCGGCACCGCCACCUUCAACUACCAGUACAGUCACGACCCAUUCGCCCUCGACACCACUGGUCUCGUCACUUCCGCCCUCACCCACGGCAUCCGCGCCUUCGACACCUCCCCUUACUAUGGCCCGUCCGAACAGCUACUGGGCGACGCCCUUGCGACACCCUUUGUCCGCGAAACCUUCCCCCGCUCCUCCUAUAUGAUCCUGACCAAAGUCGGUCGCAUCGCCGCCGAAGAGUUCGACUACUCCGCCUCAUGGGUCCGCCAGAGCGUGCUGCGCAGUCUGCAACGCCUCCACACCGACUACCUCGACCUAGUCUACUGCCACGACAUUGAAUUCGUAUCCGCCGCCGAAACUCUCGAAGCCGUCCGCACUCUCCGCACUCUCCGCGACGAAGGCAAGAUCCGCUACGUCGGCAUCAGCGGGUACCCCCUCGACGUCCUCGGGUCCACUGCCGAACUCAUCCUCCGCGAGACAGGCGAACCCAUCGACUGCGUGCAAUCGUACGCGCACUUCACACUCCAGAACCAGGCCCUCGCCUCCCCGACCCUCGGACUCCCGCGCUUCCAGGCCGCAGGCGUGCAGGUCGUGACGAACGCGUCGACGCUGGGAAUGGGCCUGUUGCGCCGCCAGGGCGUGCCCAUCGCGGCUCUCGGCGACUUCCACCCCGCACCGCCCGGUCUCCGCGCCGCGGUGCGACAAGCGUCCUCCUUCUGCGACGCGCACGGCGAGCGCAUCGAGGUCAUUGCCCUGCGGUGGGCGCUCGAGACGUGGAGUGCGGUGGGCGCGGCGUGCGGAUCCCGCGGGGACCCCGCAUCAGGACUCCCCUGGAUCUCCGAGUCCAAUUCCGACGUUGGCGGCGCCAAAAUGGGCGUCAGCGUCAUCGGGGUGUCGAAUGCGCAGGAGCUGGAGAAGACGAUGCUCGUGUGGCGCUCGAUCCUCGACGGGCUCGAGGGCGGCGAGGAAACGGCGAGGAAAGCCGGCCGCUGGAGUCGUGCUUGGGAAUGGAGUUGCAAUCGUCGCAAGGCUGUCUGUUUGCUUGCCGAGGGCGUCCAGGAGAUUCUGGGCUCCCCGUGGUUUGGGUACUCGUGGGCGAGUCCUGAGCCCGGGUUUGUGAACAAGAGGGCGCUAUCUGAAAGCGAUGCUGCUGCUGCGACGACGUCGGCUGAUGAUGUUGAAUCCGCGGACCAGAAGGAGUACAUUUCUCCGCCGCAGAGCCCAGAAGCCAGCGCUACCGCCGCUGCUGUUAUCGAUCAACCUGCCCAAAACCAGGCCUUGCCGUUACGGUGA